CGUGUCACGAUCAACCCACCGUAUCCACUAAGCCCAAAGGCGCAGUUUGCAAUUCCGUCGGAGUAUUUACGCGGUUGACCUUUUCCUCGAACCACGGCAGAAAAUGUUGCUCGAAGAUGGUGUUUGAACUGCAUAUCUGGGGCCCAGCAUUCGAGCUUGCUUCUAUCGACGCCCAAUGCCUAGCUGCGAUCAUCUACCUGCGCCAAUGCCUGCAAUCUGACCGCUGGGUGCUGAUUCCCUCGAGUGAAGCACGCGUCAGUCCCCUUGGAGAACUUCCUGCCUUGCGCGAUGGCGAGACAUGGGUCGCUGGCUUCAGCAAUAUAGUCGACUAUCUACGGGAUGUCUCUAAUGGCGAACAAGACCUUAACAAAGACCUCAAUGCCCAGCAACAAGCAGACUGCGCAGCCUUUUCAGCCUUCAUUACUUCACGCGGCCAACCUCUCCUCGACCUCAGCCUGUACGUGAGCAGUGACAAUUAUCUGAAUUGCACGAGACAAGCUCUCAGCGAUAUCUUGACAUGGCCAAAUAGCUGGACUGUGCCUCAUCAAUGGCGCGCACAAGCAAAGAAGAGAUCGGAACACUUAGGUCUAAGCAGUCUGGACGUGGACAGUGCACAGGAGGAGGAGAACAAGAGAGCGGAUGCAGGGUUGACUGCGCACAUACCAAAGUCUCUCCGAAAACCCAGGCAAACAGUUACGGGGCUACUAGGCCGGCACCAGCAAAAGAACCGAUUUCGAUUGGAUGCUGUCACCGAAGAUUUCUUUGAGCCGCUGAGUGAGAUGCUGGGGGAGAAGAAUUGGCUUUUUGGCGAUCAGCCCAGCAGCGCCGACUGUCUGGCGAUUGGCUUUCUGGCCCUGAUGCAGACGCCAGCGCUGGAGCAUGGAUGGCUGCGGGAGUCUCUACAGGCGAAACAUGCGAGUCUAGACAAAUGGGUGAAGAGUCGGAUUGCGGAAGUGUUUGGUCCGCCGGUCGACACCUCUUUGGUUCUGGGGCGGAAGCCAGGGGUUGUUGCCGCCGAGUUGUCAUUACCAUGGCGAGUACCUGCUUCAAGGAGCUUCCCGCAGCUCUUGCAGGCAGUGUUGGAGGGGUGCAUUAGCUCGAUCCCUGCCAUAGGAUCUCUGCAUGGGAUCUCGGAGAUCGGCAAUACGCGUGGAACAGGUCGAGAACGAUACCGCGAGAAACAAUUGCAGCUGGCGAGGCUGCAGCGACAACGAGACGUGUAUCUGGGGUUGAUGGCGUCGACAGUGACGACGAUGGGUGUGGUAGCAUGGUUGGUGUAUCAAGGCCUACUGCCGGUGCCUCGGUGGGGACGUCCUGCAUCCCGGAGACGUGGAUUUGGCGAAGCAGGUGCGCUUCUUGGGCUGUGAUGAGGGAAAAGGCGAUGAUAUCUGCACAGAUUAGAAUGACUGCCUAGUCUGGACAGGAGCAGCAAUUCGGGACACUGCCCACUUUCCUCUCCAGGAGCCAAACAGUACCGCGAAGGGGAUAAGUCGAUCAAAAGUGAGGACCUUAAGAUGGGCGGACGCCAAGGAUACAGCCUUGUCAAAUACGUCGAUGAUGAUUCGCUGACUUCGAUGGGGGGUGGACGGGUACCUGCCGCUGCAAUGCCUGGCGAUGGCGACAUUGGCCCAACCAGCUGCGCGUGGGGGUCAAUCGCUGCAAGCCUCGUCCAAUGAACUGCCCUCAGUCUUUCCUCACCUUAAGGUCCUCACUUUUUGUGUCCAUAUGCUUCUCCCCCUCUGCUUCACUGGCGUCGGCGUCAGCUUCG